AUGUGGAGGUACUGUUGGUGCAAUUCUGACAUGUCCACUGGAAGUUGUGAAAACACGAUUGCAGUCCUCCUCUGUGACUCUCUACAUCUCUGAAGUUCAUCUCAACACUGUGAAUGGUGCUAGCGUCAAUCGAGUAACUAGAGUUUCUCCUGGACCUCUCCAUUGUCUGAAGAUGAUCCUGCAAAAGGAAGGUCCUCGUUCUCUGUUUAGAGGGCUGGGUCCUAAUUUAGUAGGCGUUGCUCCUUCCAGAGCGAUAUAUUUUGCUGCUUACUCAAACUGCAAGGAAAAGUUGAACAAUAUUUUCAAUCCAGAUUCUACCCAGGUACACAUGAUUUCAGCUGGUGUGGCAGGUUUUACUGCGAUCACAACAACUAAUCCCAUUUGGCUAGUAAAGACACGGUUACAGCUUGAUGCAAGGAAUCGUGGAGAAAAGCGAAUGAGUGCUUUUGAAUGUGUCCGAAAAGUUUAUCGAUCAGACGGUGUUAAAGGCUUUUACAGAGGAAUGUCAGCAUCCUACGCAGGCAUAUCUGAGACUGUUAUUCAUUUUGUUAUUUAUGAGAGUAUUAAGAGAAAACUACUGGAGUAUAAGACUGCUUCUGCCAUGGACAAUGAGGAUGAAUCAGCAAAAGAAGCUUCAGACUUUGUUGGAAUGAUGAUGGCUGCUGCCACUUCUAAAACUUGUGCAACAUCAAUAGCAUAUCCCCAUGAAGUUGUACGAACAAGACUAAGAGAAGAAGGAACAAAAUACAGAUCUUUCUUCCAGACAUUGUCUUUGCUUGUGCGAGAAGAAGGAUAUGGAUCCCUCUACCGAGGUUUAACUACACAUCUGAUCAGACAGAUUCCAAACACAGCUAUCAUGAUGUCAACCUAUGAAGUGGUAGUCUACUUGCUUGAUGGAUAGCAGCGUGACAAGGCUUCCUAGAAGAAGGUGGAAGAUUGAAAGACUGGAGUGGACCACUGAAUGUCAGUGCCAAUGUGGUGGGCAAAAGGAAGGUUGUAUCAGGAACAUGCAGCUAUGGACAAACAGAAGGUUGAUUGUGGGCAUCUAUGAAUAAUUUUGCUGCCUUAUUGUAUGGUCUCUUGGCAAUGUGACAAAUGGCAACUGCCCCUUAGGGAAUGCAUUUAUACAUCUUGUAAUUCAAAAUCAUUACUUUCUUUUCAUCUGUUAAUCUAAACAAGGCCAUUCGGUCAUCUUCAGAGACCUGAUGUGUGAGGGAGGGGGCAUAAAAUACAUUCUUGGGCAGCCUUAUUCACUUCUAGUGAUUGCUCUCAACUACGUCCUUUUUGUUCUGUUUUACUGCACAGUAACCUGUUGGAAGAAUGGGGAAGACAGUACUUUCAUACCUUUCCAUACCUGAAACUUCCAUUCACUUGCUCUGAAGAUUUGUAGAGACUGAGGUAGUAAUCAGUGUGUAAAGUUUUCCAUGUUGCUACCUCAAGACAAAAUAUGGCGCAGGGACCCAGAACAGAGUUAUUUCUUCACUUAAAAGGUGAU